UUUGUCGAGCGCCGAACGGGGCAUAUAGGUACAUCGAUUUAGAAUUACUAGUCUCUCGAAAAUCAUUUUGUUCAUUCGAUGUUUCAGUCACUACUACUCACUUCAUAAUCAGCGUUAUACCGACGACGUCCGACGUACAUACGCGAAUAUGAGUUUUGCCGGAUAUUUUCGCUAACGUCAUUGUGUUUCCUGAACACGUAAUACGUCCGAAGUAUAUUAAUUUUUAUUUAUCGCAUUGGAAUUCUAUUUUGUACCGAAUCACGUGUGUGAUUUUUUUGUUUUACGAACCCUCUUCUUGUUUCGUAUAAAUAGCUCGUAUUGUUCGUCUUGGAAGCUGGCCAAAAACUUUCACCCAUUAUGUCCAACCUUUUCAGAGGAUGUGUCGGUGAUACUGAAAAACUGAACAAAGAGAAAAAUUACGAUAGCGAUUCCGGCGACUAUAAUGAUCCUUCGGAUAUUCAUAAGCCAAUCAACGGCAGUCAUUUUGAUCUCGCAUUCAAACGUAGUGAUAAAGUAACAUAUAAGGCGAUAUUACCUCAGGUGUUAGCAUGCCUUUCGGCCGCUUCUUUCCAUUUACCUAUUGGGUUGGUCGUCGCGUACUCGGCCAUACUGCUGGAUCAGUUGGAGAAACCAGAUACCGAAAUAAGCAUUACUAAAACAGAAGCUACAUGGGUCGCAAGUUUAACCGUUUUGAUCGUUCCCGGAGCUGCCUUACUCACCGGUGUCUUGGUCGACUCAAUUGGAAGAGUGAGCACCUUAAAAGCAGCAUCUAUACCAUACGUCGCAGGAUGGAUAAUGAUCGCUUCGGCUCCAAAUAUAACGUACAUCAUGGUUGGGCGAGUUCUCACCGGAUUUGCUCUCGCCAUGGGUUCCAGUCCUGCAGCUGUUUAUAUAACCGAAGUAGCCAGACCAGAUUUACGAGGAGCGUUAAUUUGUCUAGGACCAACGAUGACAUCUUUUGGUAUGGUUUUGGUGUACUUGGCCGGAUGUUUCCUUCACUGGAGAACGGUAGCUUGGAUUAAUAUCGGUUUCGCUAUUUUACCUGUGCUGUUGAUGUACCUGUUCACUCCCGAAAGUCCUACUUGGCUUGUGAGUAAAGGUCGUAACCAAGAAGCCUUAAAAGCAUGCAAAAUUGUUUCGUUAGAUAAAGCGAAAGACCUUCUACAUCAAAGACGAGUUAAACGGUUGGAAAGAGAACACGAAAGGAAAUCCAUUACUCCUGAUCCAGGCGUACUUAGCAGAUUCUUUUCUUCUAUUGGAAAACCCACCGUUUACAAACCAUUUUUCAUAUUAUCGAUGUGCUUCUUUUUCCAACAAUUCUCCGGCAUUUAUAUUUUAAUUUUUUACGCUGUUGGAUUCUUCAAGGAUGUUGGUAGCCAUAUCGAUCCUUAUUUACUUUCGGUAAUUGUCGGUGUGGAACGUAUGUGCGUUGGGUUUAUUACUAGUCAACUCUUGUAUCGAUUUGGAAGACGUAUCCUAUGUUUAACCAGUUUAUUUUUCAUGGCUGUGCUGAUGUCGUUAUCGGGAGGUUGUGCGCUACUCGUUAAAGAAAAAGUGUUAGAAAAAAAUUGGCUUUUGGUUCCUAUUAUAUGCUUAUUGUUGUACAUUUGUAUGAGCACAUUGGGCUUGUUAUCAGUACCUUGGACGAUGACGGCUGAAAUGUACCCUUUGGAAGUUCGAGGUGUGAUGCAAGGGUUCACCGUGUGCGUUGCUCAUAUCCUGAUGUUCAUCGCCAUCAAGAGUUAUUACUGGUUGUCAGAAUUCUUAGGCGGAUCUCAUGGUAUCCAGUUGUUUUUCGCUGGCGUAUCUAUCGUAGGGCUUAUUUUUAUUUACGUAUUUCUACCGGAAACUCAUAGAAAAUCCGUGGAAGAGAUCGAAAAUUACUUUGUUCAUAAUACUGUUUUUAUUAAAAAACGAAGAUAUCAUUGCGACGAUCAAUUUCCAGUUAAGAACGAAGAUGAUAUUAUCGGUGCUCAAAAUGUUUGAAAGCGUUUUAUUACCCUCCUUUUUUUUUUUUUUUUUUUUGCAGUUAUCGUUCGUUUUGCGCGAACGUUUAGUUUUUCUCUUUUCUUACAUGAAUUCCAUCACUAUUGAUGUUAUUUGUAAGUAUUUUUAAAAAUUUAAAUUAUUAUACAAUAUAUUUUGUGUACGUUAUACAGUUUAUAUACGAAUGUAAUGUAUCCUUCUCCUUUUCUCUUUUUUUUGCCAUUUUGUGAAGUUGUAACUUUUAUGUGAUUUUUAUACGCAAUAAAGUUUUUAUACAAUUGUA